AUGCAAAUCUUUGUUAAGACUCUCACUGGUAAGACCAUCACCUUGGAGGUCGAAUCCUCUGACACCAUCGACAAUGUCAAGUCCAAGAUCCAAGACAAGGAAGGUAUUCCUCCAGACCAGCAGCGUUUGAUUUUCGCUGGUAAGCAAUUGGAAGACGGCAGAACUCUUUCCGACUACAACAUCCAGAAGGAGUCUACUCUCCACUUGGUCCUCAGAUUGAGAGGUGGUAUCAUCGAGCCAUCCUUGAAGGCUUUGGCCUCCAAGUUCAACUGUGAAAAGUCCAUUUGCAGAAAGUGUUACGCCCGUUUGCCACCAAGAGCCACCAACUGUCGUAAGAGAAAGUGCGGUCACUCCAACCAAUUGAGACCAAAGAAGAAGCUUAAAUAG